GUGUUAUCAAGUAUCGGCAUUUGUUGCACGAUAAACGCAAACUAAAGGUGAACUUUUAAAAUCUUUUAGCUAACAAUUAAAAAGGCUUGAAGCUUUAUUUUUUAAAAUGAAGCUUUUCAUCAUUGGCACUCUAAUAGCUGUUGUUGCUGGAAGACAAUAUCUCAGAGAAGAAGUUGGAUGCAAUAUACAAGAGGAUCCAUUAUAUCCGGCAUGCAAAACAAAAGUUAUGUCGAUACAAGCAAAUUGGCGAGAUAAUCCGGAUUAUAAAAAAAACGGAGUUGAUGGAUCUGUAUGUUCAAUUAUAAACUACUUGAGUAAGGUGGAAAGAUUUUGCCCUUGUGCUGUACCAAACAAUUCUUUAUACCCAAAUUGCCUAAAUAAAGUAAAAUGGAUGAAAGCGAACUGGAAAGCAGAUCCUUUUUACAAAAAACAAGGAAUUGAUGGAUCUGUGUGUUCAAUACUUAACUACUUGAGUAGGGCUGAAAAAUGGUGUCCGUUAUAAAAUGGAGAACUAAAAGAAACGUUAUUUUUAAUGCGUAUUUUUCAUUGCCAUUUACUCGAAAGAUAACCUAUAUAUUUUUGCAUUUAUUUACAUUGUUUUUUGUUUGAUUUAUUUUUAUGAAUAAUGAGAAACUACAUUUUUAAUUUUACUCUUUAUGAAAAAAACUUUAAAAAAUUAAAUUUCUUUCUUUAUAUUGUUAAAAGUGAACUUGUUACGUUGUUUAACUUGAUCUCUAAAGUUAUGAUUAAUAAGUUGUUUUAAUGUAAUGCUUGUCCAGUAAUUUAUAAAAAAAACUAAACUGGUAGUCUGCAACGAAUACUCAAUAGUUAAUGUGUAACCAAUACUAAAGUAUUAUUUUUUAACUAAUACGAAACGUGUAAUAUAAAGUCUGCAGCUGAUUUUCAAAUGUUAUUUGUCGCUUAUUUGGAACGGUAAAACUAUAUCUUAA